AUGAUCCCUCAAUUAUUUAGUGGUAGCAAUGCUUCUGGUUUAAAUCAAAGAGUGCGAUGCCAACAACAACAACAACAGCAGCAGCAACAAUCACAGCAAAAAAUGUCUCCACCCGCCACUGUAGUUAAUACUCAUCAAGAAGCUAGUCGUGAGGCUAGGCUAAAACUAAAUUGCAUGAAAUCUUUUAUGGAUGACCAUAUAUUUUUCAUAGAUCCAUAUCACUACUCUGCUACCGCCACACAGUUGCCAGGCCAGAUCCAUAUUUCUAACGCUAAUUCAAUGUUAUCGCCAGAAUCUCAUGUACAUGCUGUAUUAGGUUCUUCUAACCGGGUCGUUGGUAACCAGCAACAACCGCAAAACUUUCAGCAGCAUAGCAGCAGCAAUCACCUCCCUGCCACGACUGCAUACAAUCGCCAACAAUAUUUACAAAGCCAAACGGCGAACCAUAGUUCGUACGCCCAAAGGCAGUACAGUCAAGGCACUUCAUAUUUAUCAGCUCACAAUGGCAUUAACAAUCAAUAUCAAACAAACAGAAGUUGGUGA